AUGUUUCCACACCCCAGAAGAAUUGUAACCGGACAUAAUUCCGACGGCGCAGCCAUCGUUGUGGACGACCGAGAGAUUCCUUGCGAGCCAACAGCAAUCAAUGCCAAUUUCGCAGUCCUUUACAAGACGCACCAAUUCCCCGAAUCUAACGAUAAAUGGAUUGAUCCGAUCGAAACCCGCACCACGGAUCUAUCUAACAACAAUGGCAUAGUACUCCGAGUUGUAGACAUUCCACCAAAUACGGAAACGAUGUUCCAUCGAACGGAGUCCCUGGAUUUUGGUAUCCUGCAUAGCGGUGAAAUCACCUGUUACCUUGAUGACGGAGUUCGUGUGGACAUGAAAGCUGGUGAUGUUUGUGUUCAGCGAGGUACAAUCCAUGGCUGGACCAAUCAUUCCGAUCAGCCUGCGAGAAUAUACUUCAUACUCACUGCCGCUCACCCGGUCACUGUAGGAGGGAAGGUUCUCGGGGCGACAGGUUACUCCAAGCAUGAGGUCGCUAGUGGUGGAAGGUCAGACAAGGAAUAAAGAAGAGAAUUUAAUCCAAGUAUUGAUGUCCCUUCUACUCGAUUUGCCCACCUGCUGUAUCUAUAUUAAUCGUAUUGAAGUUCCA